AUGGCGCGUAAUUUAAAUGAUAAUGAUAUAAGUGAAUUAUUAUUAGGAGAAAUUGAUUCGGAAUUAGAAUGUUUGAUCGAUUUUCAACCAUGUGAUGAUGAAAAUAUAAGCGACAACGAAGUUCCACAACCUGAAAUUUCAUCUAACUCAAGCGAUUCAUUAUCUGACAGCGAUAUAUUAGGCGAAGAGGAACAUGAAGAUGCUCAACCAUCAAGUGGUACAUAUUACCGAGGUAAAAAUAAAAUCAAGUGGUCCAAAAAUCCUCCAAGUAGCUCCAGAAUCAGAAGUCACAACAUCAUAUCACACCUGCCUGAUAUUGUGGGUCCUGCCCGUGAAAAACACAAUAUGUCACCAAUUGAAUCAUAG